UGUUUUCGCCUUAGAAAUAACCAACGUCUGAUUUCUUUGCACGACUUUCAAGUGCGUUACAAUUCUGCACCCUCCCGUCGCCAAGACGUAAUUAAGUUUCGGAAGAGUAUUGCCUCAAAAUGUCAGCUCCGGCGGUAUCCAGUCCGAGUACUUCGGCGAGCCAUGCACUACCUAACCCUUCCGUUCCCGAAACUCUGAGUGCCACCCCGUCAGCUCAAUCGAGCAACGUGACAGCCUCACCUAACUCUUUAACCUCGCCGACCCUCUCACCAUCAUUGCAGUCCGGCUCUUCACGCCCACAGCCAUCUAACUCCGGCUCAACAUCUCGUAGCGCUACCUCCCCUCCUACAACUACAACCGCAACCGCAUCCGCCGCCACCGGAUCACAACCCCGCGUAACCAUGGAUUUAAACCCGACUCUGCCCUCUCGAGCCACGCAGCUACAUAUCGAUGAGGCCCGCGUCGCACUCGUAGCCUCCAUGUCAAACAUGCUAGAUUCAGAGCUACAAUCACGGGCCUCGCUACUGCACUCCAACGCGGCGGCGCUGACUAAGCAAGAGAAGGACGUUGCGAAGGGAACCGAGGCGUUACGGAAGGAGAAUGACAAGCUUGAGAAACUGGCCCGCGACACAGAACGCAAGAUUAAGGAGCUAGGCAACGUACAAAAUUGGGCUGAGGUUCUAGAAAGGGACUUCCUAGUUCUAGAGGAGACCAUGCGCUUGGUGAGGGAGGGUAGCGGGAGUGGCGACGAUAGCUGUAGCGAAUGUAGCGGGAGUAGCUGGACCGGGAGCUACAGCGCCGAGGAUAGUAGGGCAGGAAGCCGCCGGGGGAGCGUGACGGGCGAUGCCGACGGCAACAUUAAGAAAGCCGAAGAGAGAGAGUUAAAUGGGCACACGGCCGUUGAUGGUGCGGUUGAUGGUGGAAAGCUGAAGGAGAGAGACGAUAUAAAUGUUACUGUGGAUAAGGCAGUUGCGGAGAGUAUCCUUGAGGCUAUGGCUACAGACUUACGCGAACCACUGAGCUCUUUAACCCUUAACCCAGUUUCGUCGGAGUCGCAGGGGAGCUCGGUCAAGGGUAAGGAACCGGCUGUCAGUGACAGCGGAAUUGAAGUCGAUAAUGCUCACAAGUCCCUCGAACCCCCCGAGCCAGUCCAACCGUCGGAUACCCCUCCAGCAGACACUGUGGAAGAUGUAACCGCGAACAAGGACAUAACCGAUUCCACAACGACGGGAUGACGGGAAGCUAAUCUGCUUAGUACAACGGUUAUGUCAAUAUGAUACAAAGUACGGAGUUAUGGUUUAACGGGACUAGGUUAUACGGACAACCGAUUUAUUCAAAGGGCUUAUUGUUCAUUGUUCAAUGCUCGGUAUAAUUCACACUUCUGUAACGACGAAUGAGAUCUAUAUCAUUAUGAAAAAUGUAUUAUGCUAUCUACACAUAAUAUUAUAUUACUUAAAUACAAU